AGUGACGUGAGCAUCAUCUUACCGUGAAGAAUCCGAAAAACCAAAGGCCACACAAUUAGAAGCUAAACAAAAAUGGCGGGGGUUUCACCAAAACCACUCUCUGCUUUAUCCAUUGCAUCAAAUUCAAUCCCCAAAAUCGUGGCUAAAUCCCAACAAUCUGCCGACGGGAUUAGGGUUUCAAGCAAUGCAAUUUGUUAUACGUCAUUUGGAGUCAGAUAUAGAAGCUACAACAAUGGCAGAAACGGGAUAAGGAGAUUGAAUGCAGCUGGAUUGACUGAUAUCGAACCUGAUAUCAAUGAAGAUCCUGUAGAUCGGUGGGACAACACUGGCGUUAGUGACGAUGAUUUCAUCUAUGGAGUUUAUGAUGGACACCACACAUACAAUGAAGGAGAUGACAAAUCAACAUUUUGGGGAUCGAUAGCAGAAGAUUAUGCAGCAAUUGAUCCUCCCACUGGUUUCCAAGGUCUUAUCUCGUGGCUAUUUCUCCCCUCCGUGGCUCUUGGGAUGUACCUCAAUGUUCCGGGUGAGUAUUUGUACAUUGGGGCCGCCAUAUUCAUCGUAGUAUUUUGCAUAAUCGAGAUGGACAAACCGAGUGAGGCGUACAACUUCGAGCCACAAAUUUACAACAUGGAGAGGGGUGCUCGAGACAAGCUAAUAUCGGACUACAACACGAUGGAUAUUUGGGACUUCAACGAGAAAUAUGGGGAUCUUUGGGAUUUCACCGUGACUGAAGAUGAUAUAAUGAAGAGAUAGAUAAUUCUAUCGUAUUUAACGUCAAAAAAGGAGUUAAAUAUUACAGAAUACUACCUCUUGUAUAUGUAAAACGCUUUUUGGAUUUGAGGUAGCCAAAAGCUCCUUUUUCGUUUUGUAUACAAUCAUUUCAGAAAAUAUGUGCAACGGAUAUUUGUGAUUUCUUAUGACUGUUGUUUGAUUG